GAGCCGGGGUUGUGUUUGUCCCGUGGCCGGAGCCUCUGCCGGACCCGGGGCUGUGUUUUGUCCCGUGGCCGGAGCCUCUGCCGGAGCCGUGUUUUGUCCCGUGGCCGGAGCCUCUGCCGGAGCCGGGGUUGUGUUUUGUCCCGUGGCCGGAGCCUCUGCCGGACCCGGGGCUGUGUUUUGUCCCGUGGCCGGGACAGCGGCAGGGCCCCGGCCGCGGCUGCUGCCCAGCACCGCCUCAGGAAGUGAGAUCCGCUGGGGCCGCUCCGCUCCCGCGCCGCUGCCAUGGGCCAGGCCCGGCUCCCGGCCCUCCGCGGCCUCGGCUGCUGCGUCCUGGUGCUGCUGCUGCUCCUGGGCGGCUCGGGCAGCCCGGGGACAGCGCCAGCGCCCCGGGGACCCUGGCCACGGGAGCAGGGCCCCGUCCCGGAGCGGGGACCUUGGGGCAGGGGCAGGUACGAAGCCGUGAAGAAGCAUUUGGGAGCCGUGGGCGCUCUCUCCAGGCGGUAUUGGCGGUACCUGGCGUGCAGGGUGUGGCAGGAGGGCUGCGAGGAGGAGGAGAAGCAGCAAGAAGAACGAGAGGCCGGUCCCAUCCCAAGCUGGAGCUUUCCUCUGGUGGGCCAGGAUUACCUGGAGAUCCUCUCUGCCUGGUACUGCAGCUUCGGCAGUUGCUGCGAGACAGGAGACUGCAGGAUAACCAACAACAUCACAGGGCUGGAGGCAGAGCUCAGUGGGCAGCUCCACGGGCAGCACUUGGCCAAGGAAGUGGUGGUGAGGGCGGUGCAGGGGUUCCUGCAGAGCCCACGGCCCCAGAAGGCUCUGGUCCUGUCCUUCCAUGGCUGGUCUGGCACGGGGAAGAACUUUGUGGCUCGGAUGGUGGCCAGUCACCUGUACCGGGACGGGCUGAAGAGUGACUGUGUCAGGGUGUUCGUCUCCCUCCUCCACUUCCCACAUCACAACUACGUGGACUCCUACAAGGUGCAGCUGCAGAGGCAGAUCAGCGAGACCCUGCAGCGCUGCAGGCAGGCCCUGCUCAUCUUCGACGAGGCCGAGAAGCUGCAUUCCAGCCUCCUGGAUGCCAUCAGGCCCUUCAUGGCUCAACACGACAGCGAGGGCCAGGCAGAUCAGCAGAGAUCCAUCUUCCUCUUCCUCAGCAAUCUUGGUGGUAACACCAUCAAUGAGGUGGCCCUGGAGUUCUGGCGAGCCGGCCGAGCACGGGAGGAGAUCCCCUUGGAGCUCCUGGAACAGCGGCUGCGGCUGGAGCUGCAGGACGCUGCAGAGAGCGGCCAUGCCCACAGCCACCUCCUCAGAGAGAACCUCAUCGACUUCGUGGUGCCGUUCCUGCCACUGGAAUAUCACCACGUGAAGCUCUGCGCACGGGACGCCUUCCUGGCCCGUGGGCUUCCCUACACCGAGGCAACGCUGGACCAGGUGGCCCAGAUGAUGGUGUUUGUCCCCAAGGAGGAGAAGCUUUUCUCCGCACAGGGCUGCAAAUCCGUGCCCCAGCGCAUCAAUUAUUUCCUUCCUUGAACGCCAGGUGGGACCUCACGUGUGCUGAAGGUGGUUCUGCACUCUGGCACAGUCGGCAGCAGAUGACCCAGCCAGGCACUUGCACAGAGACUUAAACCCCUUGUUACUCCCAGAGCUGUUGCAGGAAAGGAGGUGCAUCCCUUACUCCUGGGAUCUGGGGACAGCCUGUGCUUGGCUGCGUUUGGACUCUGUCUGGUGUUUUGAGUCCCUUCUUUAGCUGGCAGCAGCCUGAAGGGGUGAUGUGGUUCUGCUGGCAGAUGCAUGUGAGUGGGGACUGGGAAUGUCCAAGUCCUUGGUUUGUUGCUGUGUGGUGAAGGGAGGCCUUGGACAGGCUGGUCCUGUUUGAGGCAGUGUGGCCGAAGCCACGUCCCUGUCCCCAGUUUUCUCUGUCACUUUACAAGGUCACCCAGGACUCUUCCGCUGGAGUUUUGGGCUGUUGCUCUCCUGCCUUUCUAAGGUGUCUGCUGCUCAGAGACACACGGGCCAGGAUCGUUGUCUGUGCAGGGAGAAAAGGACUGAAUAAUCUCCUCUGGAGAUGCCAAACCAUAGCUCUGACCUUGGAGUGCCCACUUCUCACUGGAGUCUUCCGUUGUAUGGAAGCAGCUGCCGGGGUGAGGGGAACUCCUGCUGCAAUUAUUUUGCUGUGGGGGUUGGUGAAGAGCCCGUUUCCUUCACUGCAAAACCACAGAUGGGAGAGAACUCCUCUGCCAAGGGCAAAGGGCAGGUGAGGAGGAUGGUGGCUGAAGCAUCAGGCUGCAGCUGAAUGUAAGUUUUCAUGGAAGCAGUGAAAACUUGGGGUUUUUCCUUCCCUUUUUCAUUUUUCUCUUCAGUGCAUUUCAUGCUGAGGUUUUUUGGCUGGUAUCAGCAUUAUUAUUAGUAUUAUUAUUACAAGGGGCUGUUUGCUGUCUGGGUACUCGCCAGGUGAUAAGCGUGUUGCAGCAGGUCCCAAAAAAUUUCGUCAGUGUUACGGGAAUCACCCUGUGACCUCUGGGUCAAAAUUCCCUUCCAACAGGGCCGUGCUGGCGAGGAGUGGAACAGCACCUGCCAAGGCCAGGGCUCGGCCUCCCUGCCACCCCCACGGGGGACCUUUGGUCUGGUUUAAGCUUUGACCCAUUUUGCGGUGCCAGUGAUGAGCAGCACCGCCUCUGGGAAGCAC